GGAGCAGGAGCCGGAGCAGGAGCCGGAGCAGGAGCAGGAGUAGGAGCCGGAGCAGGAGCAGGAGUUGAACCGAGGAGGAGCCCGAGGCAGUCAGGGGCGGGAACCCGGGCGCUUAAACAUUAUGGAGCUGUAUUUUGGAGAAUAUAAGCAUGUGCAGCAGGAGUAUGGAGUACAUCUUAGGGUUGAAAGUGAUGAGACCAAAAAAUCAAGGCUUUCUCAGAAUGCCAAGACAGGAUCUUAUGGUGUCAGUAUUAGAGUACAAGGAAUUGAUGGCCAUCCAUACAUUGUACUGAAUAAUACAGAGAGAUGUUUGGCAGGCAUGCCUUUUGCAGAAAAUGGGCCAUCAUUUACGCCUCCAACAGUCAACGACCUGCCUUUACAUUCCAAUGUUGAUCCCAGACUGGAAGAGAAAGCCAGUGAAGAAAUAAGGUUUCCAGAAAACCCAUAUGGACAACCCACUGUAUUUAGAAGUCUAAAAUCAGCCAGGCUAUAUGAAGGUAAAAAUGGACUUCUUGACCACAAAGAUAGUUCACUAAAAUCAUCUAAUAUGCUGAACUUUCAGAGACACCCUGAACUUUUGCAGCCUUAUAAUCCUGAAAAGAAUGAAUUGAAUUUAGAGACUGAUCCCUCUCAUGAGCGCAAUUGGACCAAAACACUUACAGAUGAAACUAAAAAUGACAAGCAUUCUCAAACUUGCUUUUCUAAACCUGCUACUUCUCAACCAGCUAGCAUGCCUCCAGGAGACAUGUCAAAAUGCAAUGUGACAGCCAUUCGUUUGUGCAGCUCAAUUAUGAUAGAUGAUCCCAAGAAGCAGGCAUCGGUGUGUUUGAAUGUUCAGAACUGCGCCAACGAGGGGCUGCCAGCUGAAUCGCCGUCUGAGAAGCCCCUUACUGCCAUUCACUCUGAUACUCAUCAGGAAAGCAAAAAGAGUCAGCCAGAUGUUCUUCCCUUUCGCCGUCAAGAUUCUGCUGGGCUGGUGUUGGAUGGUUACAGGUCACGGAGAUCCUCCUCCUCCUCAGCCACCCCCACUUCAGCCAACUCUCUGUACAAAUUUCUGCUGGAUGACCAGGAUUACGCCAUCCAUGCUGACAAUGUGAAUCGUCAUGAAAACAGAAGAUACAUCCCCUUCAUGCCAGGAACAGGCCGGGACAUUGAUACAGGAUCUAUUGUAGGUGUAGAUCAAUUAAUUGAAAAAUUUGAUCAGAAAGUUGGCUCUCAGAGAAGAGGGAGAUCUGGGAAACGGAACAGAUUUCAUCCAGAUGAUCGUGAGAGAUCCAGAAGCGUAGAUAGUGCCUUUCCUUUUGGUCUACAGGGAGACUCUGAAUACUUAGAUGAGUUUAGCCGAAACUUGGGCAAAUCAAACGAACAUCUCCUCAGACCAUCCCAGGUUUGGCAGCAGAAGCCUCUCUCGCGAGAUCGUCGCCUUCUUUCUGGUGGGAAACAUUUUGCGGUAGGGCGGACCUCUGGGAAACUGCAGGAGCUAGGUCAGGAUGCUCCUGAUGGACAGCCCAAAUGGUCGCAGUUCCAUAAUGCAGGCAAAAGUCAUGAGAAUAAAGUUAAUAAUAGUGGGUUAAUGAGACCCUCCGCACUUAUAACCCAGAAUAAAAAGGAGGAAGAAAUAAAAACAGCAACGGCCACUGUGUUGUUACAGAAUCAGGCUGCGGCCACAUCACCUGAUUCAGGAACAAAGAAAAUCUCCAUCAAGACACUCUCCUCUGCUACACAUACUCAGGCCACCCCUGACUUGUUAAAAGGCCAGCAAGAACUUGCUCAACAAACAAAUGAGGAGACAGCUAAACAGAUCCUUUACAAUUAUCUCAAAGAAGGGAGCUCUGAAAAUGAUGAUGCCACUAAGAGAAAAGUAAACCUGGUCUUUGAGAAGAUUCAGACUUUAAAGUCUCGAGCAGCUGGAAGUGCACAAGGAAACAAUCGAGUUUCUGAUUCUUCAGCUGAAGUCAGAGAGUUACUAGAACAGAGAAAUAAACUAAACAGGGAGGUUUCAGAACUUCAGAAACAGCUCAACCUAGAAGUGAAGAAUCAACAAAACAUCAAAGAAGAGCGAGAUCAAAUGAGAGUCAACCUUGAGGAGCUUCGAAACCGACAGGAGGAAAAGGAGAAGGAAACCUCAGCACUGCAGAGACGUCUGGAUGACAGUGAAAUGGAGCUCCGGAAAAAUCUGGAGGAGUUGUUUCAGGUGAAGAUGGAACGGGAGCAGCACCAGACAGAGAUCAGAGAUCUCCAGGACCAGCUCUCAGAAAUGCAUGAUGAGUUGGAUAAUGCAAAACAUUCAGAUGAUGGAGAAAAGGGAGCCCUAAUUGAGGAACUAUUACAAACAAAGCAGGAUUUACAAGAUGUGUUGUUAGCCAAAGAGGAACAAGAAGAUCUGCUAAGAAAGCGAGAGCGAGAGCUCACUGCCUUGAAGGGGGCAUUAAAGGAAGAAGUAUCAAGUCAUGAUCAAGAGAUGGAUAAACUCAAGGAGCAGUAUGAUGCAGAACUCCAGGCUCUGAGAGAGAGUGUAGAAGAAGCCACAAAGAAUGUUGCAGUCCUGGCCCAUUGGAAUAGUACUUCACAGCCAGCUCAAUUAGGAACAGAAAACCAGGUGAAGGCCCUAACAGAAGAAAAUGAGAAACUACAGGAAAAGAUCAGAGAACUAGAACAAAGCAUGAUGCAACUUCAGACACAGGUUGAUGACAUGAAAUUAGAUGAAGUCAAAAUGAAGGAAAAACUAAAGAAAUGUGAGGGAGAAAAGCAGCAAUUGGAAGAAGCCCUUUUAUGUGCCAGAGACCAAGAAAAGGAAAUGCUGUCAGCAAAAAAGGUUCUAGAGAGUCAACUUGAGGACAUUCAGAAAAAUCUCAGCCAGGCUACACAGGAGCAACAAAAUCUGUCUGAAAAGUUACAAGAUGAGACAGACCAGAAAGAACAAUUGAGGAGGUUGAAGAAUGAAAUGGAGAAUGAGCGAUGGCAACUGGACAAAACCAUUGAGAAAUUACACAAGGAGAUGGCUGACAUCGUGGAGGUUUCACGGACAUCAACUCUGGAACUCCAGAACCAGCUGGAUGAAUACAAGGAGAAAAAUCGCCGGGAGCUUGCCGAAAUGCAAAGGCAAUUAAAGGAGAAAACUAUGGAGGCUGAAAAAUCCCGUCUGACAGCCAUAAAAAUGCAAGAUGAGAUGCGCCUGAUGGAGGAGGCGUUACGAGAUUACCAGAGAGCUCAAGAUGAAGCUCUCACAAAAAGACAACUUCUGGAACAAACGCUAAAAGACCUAGAGUAUGAAUUGGAGGCAAAGAAUCAUCUUAAGGAGGAUCGCAGUAGACAAGUCAAGCAAAUGGAGGACAAAAUUUUGCAGAUGGAGAUAGAACUGGAUGAAGAAAGGAAUAACUCUGAUUUGUUGUCAGAGAGGAUCACCCGGAGCAGGGAACAGAUUGAACAAAUGAGGAGUGAGCUGCUACAAGAGAGAGCUGUAAGGCAAGAUUUGGAAUGUGACAAGAUUUCCCUGGAGAGACAGAACAAGGAUUUAAAGAGCCGGAUAGUUCACCUGGAAGGUUCAUAUAGAUCCAGUAAAGAGGGGCUAGUGGUGCAGAUGGAAGCCAGGAUCUCAGAGCUAGAAGACCGGCUGGAGAACGAAGAGAGAGACAGAGCUAAUCUUCAGCUGACCAAUAGAAGAUUGGAAAGGAAAGUGAAGGAGCUGGUGAUGCAGGUAGAUGAUGAGCAUCUCUCUUUAACCGACCAAAAGGACCAGCUGAGCCUACGUUUAAAGGCAAUGAAGCGCCAGGUUGAGGAAGCAGAAGAAGAGAUUGACAGGCUGGAAAGUUCCAAAAAGAAGCUUCAGAGAGAGCUGGAAGAGCAGAUGGAUGUGAAUGAACAGCUGCAGGGGCAGCUCAGCAACAUGAAAAAGAACUUAAGACUCAAGAAGAUGCCAAGUAAAGUGCUGGAUGAUUUCGAUGAUGAUGAUGACGAUGAUGAUGACUUCAGUACUGAUGGGGGUAGUCUCUAUGAAGCACCCAUGGGAUACACAUUCUCAAAGGAAAAUGACCCCACUAAAUCUGCUUCUACUUCCCUCAGUGUUUGAACAGAAAAUCGUCAAAGUCGUCAAAGUGCAGAUGACCAGAGCCAGAUGCAUAAAAGGGUCCAAACGGAUUGGAGACCUUUCCCCUUUAUUCACAAUAUGUGCCAUUUCCUCAAGUAUUAUAAUCCUCUUUGGGUAGCCAGGCUGCAGAGCAGCUGUUGCAUCCAAGGCAGGUAGUUCCUGUGUUAAAAAAAUGUAGAAAUUCAUAGAUAGGGCUGGUGACACUUGGAGUACUGGUUCAAAUAGCAAAAAAAUCAACAACAACAACAUUGACUGAAACCAAGAUCAGGUAUAAUAAUUAUUUACCCAUGACCAGCAUCAUUUAAAUUGUAUUUACCACCCACUCUGAUGAUCUCAAAUGACAGGAUAUAGGCCAUAGUUUCUAUUUAAGUAAAAUUAUAUGUCUCCUGGAGUCUGAUCCCAAAUGCUAGUGCAUAGGUAUAGGUUACAUUUAAUAACUUUAAAGUUGGGGAAAACUAAUGUAUAGGUUGUAAAUAUGUUAAACUAGACCUCACUGACUUCUUGUUCCAUUUUGGAAAGCUACAGAAGUUUAAUAGGUCAGUCGUAUGUAAAGUAUACAAAUUUAUAUUGAGUAUUUUAACUUUAAAAAUAAGAAACUACUAGAUUUUAAGUAUUAAAUCUGGUUAAGGACCAUUUUGAAAAUCAUUAUAAAAAGAGGAUGGCAGGGUCUUGAAGGAAUUCAAAUAAUAAUAGCCAUAUUCUUUGGAAAAGCCACUUUUUAAUAGAAGGGAGAUAGAGAGUCAGUGUUAGUUGUUUUCCCCCUCUGCCUGUACACCAAACUAUUUUAUUCUUUUAUCUCUGAAUUGAUUUUCUGUUUCCUCAUGUAAAAUGUAUAUUUUACAUUCAAUGAUAAACCAAGGUAUUCACCACCACUUUCAUGCUUUCUGGAUGUGUGUAUGUGUAGGGGAUUUGUCUUCCAACUUUAGCUUUCCAAUAGUCAGCACUAGGUGACAGCUGCUGGGUACAAUACGUGUGACCUUGCCACUGAUAAAAGCCUCCUCUGGGCUCCUAAAUGGGACAGUGCCAAAAGCUGUUGAAAUGGUGAGGUGUAAUGACUGAAAUAAGAAUUCAAGGUCUUGAAGAUAAUAGAAGAGGGCUUGGAUGAUCAUGGGAGUAAGGAGAAGUAAGAGAUAAGCAAGUGUUCAUGGGUAUAGGAUGAGAGGAGUAGGGGAAACAAAUCAAGAAGGAAAAAUAAAAUAAAACAAUAAGAGUCCUAAGUUAGAGGGAAUGAGUAAGUAGAACAUGGGCUGAGCAGGAUCUAAGCUCUUGGUACAUUAAAGUAGUAGAUAAAAAAAGUGCUAUAAAAAGUAUGAGCUACUGAAGAACUCAGUGACUGAGAGCUGUGCCUUUGGGUGGCCAGGGACAAGAGGGAGCUCAGUCCUUCUUCUCCCUUGAUGCCACUGAAGCCUUGAAGGGGAUGAUUAGAAAAGAGAUGUGAGAAGUGGUUGGGUAGCUUGCUAGGAAUCCUGGAUCUGGGCUUCCUGGGCAUCCUGGGUGAUGGAGAUGAAGGCAGGGCUGGCUGUUGCCAUUUCCUCUCUUGAAAGCUGCCACAGGUUAUACUAAGUGUUUGCUAUUAGUCACUUCCCUUAUGUCCAGGAUGAGUCUUUGUCAUAUAAUAUGUUGGUCAUGACUGGUACAUGACCUGUACGUCUCCUGGACCAUCAUCUUAGUCCCUCCAGUAUCUGAUCAUGGAAUUUGUAGGUCUCUGAGAGACAUGCCAGUUCUUAGAAGUCUGUAAGAAGUAUGAGUGAUCAGUAUCCUCUCCCUAUUCUCUCCCACCUGUCUUAAGAAUCCCACUGCCAAGGGAUGACACACCCUGGUUAUAGGCGGCUUAAUUUUGGAGGCUUAUUCUAACUUUCUUUGCCCUUUAUUGUAUUAUGUAGAGGCAGGGCCGGAGUUUCCUUCUUCUCAGGGGAUUGAGGAUCUUGGAAGCCUUACUCCAGACAUCUUCAUCUUCUCUGAGGCUUACAUGAGAUGACUUAUAAUCAUGUGAUGACUUUGGAACACAAAUGCUGUGUAUCAGCUUUCCGUUUUUCAUAAUCACUUUUUCCAAUAGAGUCUGAAGUAAGAUCUCAGCCUGACCUUCACCAUCCUGCUAUUUUCAUCAUUAACUUGGUUGCCAUUCUUCCCAACUAGAAAAAACUUUUUUAUCCCACUGAUAGCUAAGUGACCAGUGACGUAGAUCUAUUAACUCAGCAACUUUUUAGGGAAAAGUAAUGUCUUGAGUCCAGCCAAGCAGGACUAUUUAGAAGAGAGGAUGUGGGAGACAGCUAUCCCCUGAAAACAAAUUCAGUGACCAGUACUAAUCUGAGUUAUAAAAUAGGAAGACUUCAAAAGUAUUUCACGAUAAUAUAUUUAAAAUUCCUAUUCUGUUUAUAAAUUUAAUUUCCAUACUUAUAUGCAUUUGACUAUAAUUGGUGAUUAAUUCACUUACAUGCACUAGAUAGAUUUUGGGCCCAGUUCUGGCUUUGUGAUUUUGGGCAAGUCACUUAAUCACUUUGAGGAAAGUAAAUUAGAUCGUCUAUAAGUCUCUUCCAACUUUAGAAUUCCAUGAUUCUUUCAUUCUCUGAUAUAUAUAUAUAUAUGUAUGUAUAUGUAUGUAUGAUGGAUACUUUUUCCAUAUAUCUCUUUAAUGACUAACCCAAAGAAGUUUCUCACUAAUGUUUUCUAUAAUUCUCUGAAGAACAUGUUUUAACUUUUUUUAAAAGGAGACAGACCAAAUGCACAAUGCUGUGACGACAAUCAUCAGAAAAUUUGUAUUUUUUGUGAUUUUUGAUUAUUUUGCAUUUAUGAACACCUUUUUACAAUUCCAGUAAAUAUGUGUUCAGCUCAGUUUUGUACUCAGCCAUAGAUUAGUCGCUGCUAUUUAUCACUGGGAAAAUAUAUUUUCGUUGCAGCUACCUCUGUGUACAUGAAAUUGUAAACGCCAAGAUCACUUUUCAAUAAACAAUGUCCAUCAACCUCAA